CACGUGACUGCGGGGCGGGACACAGGCGCAGAUUGUGGGCGGCCGGGUCGGUUGACCGAAGGGGCCCUGGAGCCGACUUAGGCUCAGAGUCGCAGCCGCCAUGGCCAGUCAGUCGCAGGGGAUCCAGCAGCUGCUGCAGGCCGAGAAGCGGGCCGCCGAGAAGGUGUCCGAGGCCCGCAAGCGAAAGAACCGGAGGCUGAAGCAGGCCAAAGAAGAGGCUCAGGCUGAAAUUGAACAGUACCGCCUGCAGAGGGAGAAGGAGUUCAAGGCCAAGGAAGCUGCGGCACUGGGAUCUCAUGGCAGUUGCAGCACUGAAGUGGAGAAGGAGACCCAGGAGAAGAUGACCAUCCUCCAGACCUACUUCCGUCAGAACAGAGAUGAAGUCUUGGAUAACCUCUUGGCCUUUGUCUGCGACAUCCGGCCAGAAAUCCAUGAAAACUACCGCAUAAAUGGAUAGGAGGAGAAGAAAGAAGCGCCUCUUCCAUGAAUUGGCAUUUUAGAUGCCCACAUGGAAUAAGAAGCUUUAGCAAACUCAAGUUACGUUCUUAUGAAAGGCAUUAAAUUAUUUCUGUAUAUUAUAUAGUAGAUUCCUUCACUUUUUGGCGAGUAGCAAAUCUAGCUUCUUUGUACAGACCUAGAGCUCACCUAAAGAUUUCAUCUUUUUACCUAUUUCUUAGAAAUUUAGUAGGUAUACAUUAUCUGUUUUCCUAUGCCUUUUAGCUCAGUUACCAUAUAUAUCAAUGUUGACUUUUUGUUUCUUAGAUCUAGUAAAAAACAAAACAAAACAAUUCUUCGAAGAAAGAAAGGGAUUAAGUAAUUUUUUUCCCUAAUGCUUUCUUGAAGGUCAGGGGCUUUAUCUAUGAAAAAGUAGUAAGUAGUUAUUUGUAACCUGUGUGAAGCAGCAGCUAGCCUGAAAGUCCAUUCUUGCUAAUGGCUAGAACAGUGUAAUUGUUGGGGCUGCUUUUAGUUUCUCUUACUCAAAAUUACUAGAUGAUAGAAUUCAAGAACUUGUUACAUGUUAUUACUUGGUGUACUGAUAGUCAUUUAAAAGUAAAGACUCUUUGUCAUGCA